CUCCGCCAAUCUUUGGGAGUCCCUCUUCACCUGUAUUUAUCAGCGUGAUUCUGGCCAAAUGUAAAGAAUUCGCUGUCUUGCAGUAUCGGGGACUUGAACUCACAAAUGGCCUCCGGGUACUACUGGUAUCGGAUCCCACUACAGAUAAAUCUGCCGCUGCAAUGGAUGUUAAUGUCGGAAGUCUCAUGGAUCCGUGGGAGUUGCAAGGGCUGGCGCACUUCUGCGAGCACAUGCUCUUUCUUGGUACUGAUAAAUAUCCGAAGGAGAACGAAUUCUUCAGUGUAAGUCAUGUAAAUAAGAGUGGACCAGGUAGA